AUGGAAGCACCAGCUACAAAAAUGGACGAUGAAACUUUGAUGGGUAAACUUGAAUGUUUAAAAGAAAUUAGAACACGUACAAUUCAUUUAGAAAAACUUAAAGCAAGACUUCGUCAAGAAGUUGAUUCAACUGAAGGAGAAGAGAAAUGUUUGCAGGAAUAUCGUCAGGAGAUGGAACUACUGUUGCAAGAAAAGCUGGCACAUGUUGAAGAAUUAAGACAGAUCCAUGCAGACAUUAAUGCUAUGGAGACUGUUAUCAAGCAGUCAGAAGAAGAUCGUAAUAAACAUCUUGACACAGCAAAACACCUACACCAAGAAUACCGUCCUUUGAAAGAUCUGAUAGACAAACUGAGAUGUGAAAUUGGUCUCUCCAAGUUACCUGAACUUCAUGAAGAAGAUAGUAGCUUUAAUCCUGAGUUUUUUGAGAAACAGAAGACUGAGUGGCAAAGUGAAGUUUCUGAAGGAGCUCUUCCCCAAUCACUCAGUGUUGUAUCUAGUGGAGGUCAACAACUGCAGCAGAAUCGUAAUAAGAGUGGUCAGGACAGACCACAACCUACACCCUUUAGACAGCAACCUCCUCCCAUGAAAUCAUGCUUGUCUUGCCAUCAGCAGAUCCACAGAAAUGCCCCAAUUUGCCCUCUGUGCAAGGCCAAGAGCAGAUCAAGAAAUCCUAAAAAGCCAAAGCGCAAGUUAGAAGACUGAAAGAAUUGUACUAUCAUCUUUUAUUUUUACAUUGAAUUUUUGAUGUUGUUGUAGCAGUAUCUUGUAAAGUUGUUUGUUUGAGUAUUUUUAGUGUUGUGAUGUUUCCUAAAGUUCCUAUUUUGUAUACCUUUUUUGUUUCACAAAAAAUUAACAUGUUUUUGUGCUACAUUAAAAUACCAAACAGUUGAGUGGUCAGUUCAUUUGGUGGGUUCAGAAAAAUGAAAAACAAGAUCUGUCAUUACAUCAGUUUCAAAACUUGUCCCAAGUUCUUCCAAUUUUGAGUUAUGUGAUAAUAUUAUUUAGGCAUUGGCUUCUGUACUGUACAAUAAAAACAUCAGAAACUGUAAGCACAGAUAUGAUUUAACUCUCUCACUACAGGAUUGGUCCAAGGGACAGACCUUGUAACCAUUUUGUGCUUGUUAAUAGUUUUUAUAC